AUGACCGGUCGCGGCAAGGGAGGCAAAGGUCUUGGUGGCGCGAAACGUCACAGAAAGGUGUUGCUUGAUAACAUCCAGGACAUCACGAAACCGGUUAUCCGUCCUCUCGCGCGAAGGGGUGGCGUGAAAGGUAUAUCCGGUCUCAUCUACGAGGAGACACGGGGCGUGCCCAAGGUGUUCCUCGAGAUAGUGAUCCGCGACGCCGUCACAUACACCGAGCACGCCAAAAGCAAGACCGUCACCGCGAUGGAUGUUGUGUACGCCUUGAAGAGACAAUGA